UCCUUCAGAAGACUUAUUUUUCAGAAGAAAGUGGUUUAUCUAUUUCCAAUGUUGCAAAUGCAAAAACAAUACCGUUUGAAAUGUUCAUGACCAAUAAUUUAGUGCCAAUUUUUGUUUUCAUUCAUCAUGCAGGUAGCAACCAUGUGGCAAAUGGACUUCACUUCCAGUCAAACGCCACCUUCUCAUCCUCAACGGAUCUGACGAUGCGACCAAUAGCAAUUGGUCCCGCAGCACCAACGGCAUUUCCCAUCCAACAAACCAAUACCCAUAUCAACUCAACGACAAAUGGAGUUCACUCAGAUGAAACGAAUGGUGUUCCAUUGAACACGAUGAAAGAUGAAACACUUGGUAGCAACCAUGUGGCAAAUGGACUUCACUUCCAGUCAAACGCCACCUUCUCAUCCUCAACGGAUCUGACGAUGCGACCAAUAGCAAUUGGUCCCGCAGCACCAACGGCAUUUCCCAUCCAACAAACCAAUACCCAUAUCAACUCAACGACAAAUGGAGUUCACUCAGAUGAAACGAAUGGUGUUCCAUUGAACACGAUGAAAGAUGAAACACUUGGUAAAGGACAGUCUACAUCAAGUGUUCCGACCUUUUCCAAUGGAUUCAUUAGCGAUGUCUCAAAUGCCUGGUUGCAUACCCUUGCCGAUCUUUGCGAUUGGAAAUCAAGGCAAGACAACUCUCUCCCGCAUGCAACAUACGGUAAGAGUACACUCACCCCAGCGGUCGCUCAAGAAUGUGAGAAAUCGUUGAGUGAACGAGGAAAUGCUUUGGUUAGGAAAGACAACGGUGGGUUGUCUGUAAAUAACAGCAUGCCUCGGAAUGAUUACAUGAUCUCUACUAUACUAGCAGGAAGCUCUGGCUCAGGUAGCAAUCACGACGCAAUGAUCACCCAUGGUGUGGACAUCAGUCACUCCAGCAGAUCGCCAAAUGUCAAAAGCAGCGAAAUUAAUUAUGAUCACAAUGGCAUUUCGAAGACUGCUUUCAGAAAUUCGCCCGAGGUUCCUAGCAUUGAACACCUUCGAGUUAUGAGUGAAAGUCCUACCACACUGGAAGAACAUGGCGAAGUACACAACAAUCAAGCUACCGAUGAAUCUAUUUCUAGUAUUCCAAUGAAGAACUUGCCACCACGGAAGCGCCACAAGCGUUCACUAGUUUCGCCUCCUACUGUUGAGAAAAGUCCAUCAAAGUCAAAUGAUAAGAAGAACUCUGCUGAUCCAUCCUCGUCCACAUUUCAGUACAAACCCGAUUAUUAUUAUUCAUCUGCUCUAUCAGAAGAACCUCCAAAAGUAGAACCUUUACAUAGAACAGACAGUCUUUCGAGUUUUGAGAUAAAGAAAGGACACAUCACUGCUGAUUCUGUCGAUGCUAGUCAAGUGUCGAAGAGACUCGCUGUAGAUAGGGUACUCAAAUGCCAAAGAGACUCCCCUUCCUCGUUAGAGUCUAAUGGAAGUUCAAGCAGCGAUGUAAGUUACAGAGGUUCUCCAAUGGCCAUUGAAGGCUCAGAUAGCGGAAUCUAUAGUGGGAAUAGUAGUCGAAGCGGAGACACUUCACCUUGCCAAUCUAACCAUCAUCCGUCCAUUGCUCAGCAGUCAAGUCUUCAGGGUCUUCCACAGCAGCUUCCGCUACAUAGCACAAUGACAUUGCCAGCUCCAAGUGGACAGCUUCAGAGACCCGGAGACCUUCAGGUCCAGGCUGAAAUAUUUCCAACAACUCGGUACAAUAUUAAUCAAGAAAUGUUAAAUCCAUACAGCAGUCAUAUUCCUCAGAUGGCACAAAUGCAGCAGAUACCUGGGGUACUGUCACAAGACUCAUUGUCACACUCCCAAAUUCGAUUUCCAGCUGGGCAUAACGUACUGCCGUCACAAAUGAACACUAGUAAUCAGGGUCUCUCAUAUUCCCGGACACUAGAUACAAAUGGACCCAUUGUCCCUACUUCUCAGACUCCGCCAAUCGGCGGAACAACCCUGCGCCCAAUCCCUCUGCAUUAUCAAAACGGCUAUGCCCACGAUCAACUUCCAGGACGCCUCGAACAGAAUCAACCGAGAAUUCCAUUACCUCGUCAUCAUUUGCAAGACAUGCCAAGGUAUCGCUCCGGAUCACUUCCGCCGCAGACUCUUGCCCAAAAUGCAUUUCAUCAGUUUACACACCCAACUGCCAGUAAUAUGUGGGUUCCUCCAAUUCCGACAACUCAACAUCAAGGUCUUCUUAGUGGAUUCACCGGAGCCUCUCAGAACGCCACCUUCCCCCGUCAGCAACCGCCGAUGACCCUUGCCACCCCAGUGACUAGUGCCACAUCCCAAUCGCCUACAACAACGGUCGAAUACGCGCCUCUCAAGCGGGCACCAGGUAGAUCUCGUCUGAACAACCAUGUAUCCAGCGGACUACCCAUGGGAGAUUCCACAUUCCUCUGCGAGGUUUGCAACAAAGUCUUUCCUCUCCAGAGACUUCUAAACCGACAUAUGAAGUGUCACAGCGCCACCAAGCGGUACAACUGUGCAUUCUGUGGGAAAGGAUUCAAUGAUACAUUUGACCUGAAGAGACACGUCAGGACACACACAGGUGUACGCCCUUACAAGUGUGAGAAAUGUGGCAAGGCCUUUACGCAGCGAUGUUCAUUAGAAUCCCACUUGUCCAAGGUUCAUGGUGAACAGCACCGAUACACCUACAAACAACGACGUUCCAAGAUAUUCGUAUGUGAGGAAUGUGGUAUCACCACCGAGACUGCGGACUGUCAUUACAACCACAUCAAGGAGAAACACCCGGACAGCACUGAACUCCGGAAAUACCAGGACAAACUACAGUUCCAGAAGCUUGUUAUGCAGCAGGAGAAUGCUGGAGCCUCAGCGGAUGGUGGAAGUGAUUUCAUGAUGAGGAGCCGUCCCGAUCUGAGCCCGACAUCAGAGAUUAUGUUGUACAGGGAGCACGACGAAGCGACGCUACCUCUACAGAAUCGUGCCGAGCAGCAGCGUCGAAUGAGCGAGAUGAGGUCUCCGGGUGAUGUAUCACCGGUAAGCAGCGGUAGUAGCGGUAGCGGCGAAGAUAGGAUGGGCUUUGAAUACCAGAAUGAUAUAAAAACCGAGAGGGCCGGGGAAAUAUCUCCCCAUAGUAAUCAUAAUACUUUAUAACUGCAAGUCUUCUUAAAACUAUAAGAUUCUAUUGCAUUAAAAGAUACCCACCUAAAAUGAAGUUGGAUACAUCCCCAUCCGAAAACAACACUUAUUUUCUUACUUACCAGACGGGAUCGACCAGUAAUUAAUACACCUCUAGUAUCAAUUCAUCUGAAAUAAUUAUAUAAAUGACAAUGGUAUACAAUUUAUGUCGAAACAUUUUCCUGUGCGAAUUCAAACAAUGUUUAGAAAGGACAAAGUCAAGAUUGUAACGUAAAUGAUAAUAGUUAUGGGGGUGACGGGGUGUUCUACUAUCAAGUUUUGACGGUAAGCCUUGUUUUAAACUCGUCUUACAGGGGUAUUUGGAUCACUUAAAACGGCGGGCCAAUAUUCAUACAGUCUGGUGUAUUUGGUACGUUUUGUUACAAAGGAAAUUGUUUUAGAUUGAAGUAGUUAUAAACGCCCCUUGUAAUAUGAUCUUAACGAAAGUGCCUUAAUUAUCAUUACUGAAGUAGCCUAAAAUAUUGCCAAUGUGUUUAUAAUAAUAAUAAUAAUAAUAUAGGGUAUUUAUGUUGCGCACAUAUCCACCUUGUUAGGUGCUCAAGGCGCCCCCAAUUUAUAUCUACUUACUGAAAUAUGAAUGAAUUUCUCUGUCAAGAAUGUAUUAAACUUAACUAUGUAGGAUAUUCAAAUGCCAAAGGAGAUACAUAGGGAAAUCAGAGAAUCUCAGAACUUCAUUGUACCAACAACGAAAUCAAUGAAAUAAUAUUAUCAAAGCUUUAGUUUUGGUUACUUCGACUGUAUCUUAUAAACAAAAAGAGGCCGUUUUUUUUUUUUUGUUGCUCACUUCAAACAUUUGAUUUGGAAGAGCUAUAGAUAUGCUUUUUCGGGGCGAGGUUCUCCAAAUUUAUCAUUUGCGGAUAAUCAAAAAGAUCAAUUAGAAGACGAGGGUCCUGAUCAUUUACAACUAUGGAAUGCCAGCAAUAUCAUCAUACACAAGUCCUCACAUAUUCGCCGUCAUGAUAUUACACAUACUCGUUCGUAUUCAUUGUCUAUCAGAUCAGUAUGUUAAUUCUUUAAAGGUCAAGUCCACCCCAGGAAAAUGCUGACUUGAAUAAAUAGGGAAAAAUCAAAUUAGCCUAGAGCUGAAAAUUUAAUCAAAAUCGGAUGUAAAAUAAGAAAGUUAUGACAUUUUAAAGUUUCGCUUAUUUUUCACAAAACAGUGAUAUGCACAACUUGGUGAGUCAGUCGAUGAUGUCCAUCACUCACUAUUUCUUCUUUCUAUUUCUUGUUUUUUAUUGUUUGAAUUAUACAAUAUUUCAUUUUUUAUAGAUUUGACAAUAAGGACCAAUUGUCUGAACCAUAUAGUAUUAAACAAUGCUAAUUUCACAUGUUCAGGGAGGAUUUAAUCGUUGUAUCACUUGACAAUGAGGAGAAAAUUAGAAUACUUCAUAUUUCAUUUUAUCAUAUUUCAUCUGAUAAAAUACAAAAGAAAUAGUGAGUGGGUGACGUCAUAGUCCCCUCAUUUUGCAUACCAGCCAGGAUGUGCAUAAUUGUUUUGUGUAAUUAAGCGAAACUUUGAAAUGUCAUAACUUUCUUAUUUUACAUCCGAUUUUGAUGAAAUUUUCAGUGUUAUGCUGAUUGGAUUUUUCUCUUUUUAUUCAAAUCAACUUUUUGUUGGGGUGACUUGUCCUUUAACAAAAUACAUAUGCUUGUAUAUAGACAAGGAAAUAUGACACUUCUGUCUUUUCAUCGUGGGAAUUGAUUGGAUCAAUCAAAUUAAUUUAUGAAACAGUGACCUGCUAUUUCUUCAACAUUUACUUACACUGGCGAUUCCGGGGGGUGGCAAAGCCGGCCCGUGGUCGCCCUUGCUUUGAGAGGCACAAUUUACAUCUUUAAUGUAAAAUGCCGUUAAAACAGAAGCGUGCCCCGCCCCCCCGCCCCCCCCCCCCCCCCUUUGAAAGUGAAUUUUUUUUUUUGCUUGCUUGUCAAAUUUGUACGUGGACAAAAUGUCCUUAUUUUAUAUUGAAACCUUUCUUCUUCUUUUUUUUGCUUGUCGGGAAAAUGUGCCUCCUCCCCCCCCCCCCCCUAUUGGAAAAUCCUGGAAUUGCCCCUCGUUACUUAGACUUUAAAAUAUUGCUCUGAAAUACGUCAAUACUGUCUGAAAUAUUGCAUGUACACUGAAUUUACUGAUGAACUGAAAAUAAACACAAUAUAUGUCUUCCUAUUCAUUAUUACUUUUAAGAUAUUCUAUUCUCAUUUACAUGGUUGAAGUAUCAAAUCAUUUCAAGAUGAGAUAGUAUGUUAUACUAAAAGCUUAUGCAUGUAGAAUUUAUGACGUCAUACUUAACAGAAUAAGAUAAUAGUAUUAAAUGCGAAAGUAUGCAUCUAAGUCUCAUAGAAUAUUUAAGAUUAUAGGUAUAUGAAAUUAUGAGAAAUAUAUAAUUCUUUACAAGAUUUUGUACUUUUAAUGUCCGUUGACUUUCGGGUAUGAAUUUGCCAAAAUUAGUUGUUUCUUUAUUUUGUAGACGAUUUUGAUACACGCUGAAAUAAUUUUGUUGUACAAUUUAUGAUAUCAAUAUUUGACUUUCAAUUCAAGUUGGAAUACCACCGUUGCAAGCGAGGCAGUUUUAAGGAGUUUUUGUUCUUAGAGCUGUUCGUGAUUUCAGGAUAUAUGGCAAGCCAUAUGGGGGUUGCUAGGUUUUUCUGCUCUAAAUGUUAUCCAGACUAAGAUUAACAUUUCUUAAGUUAGCAAGAAUUGUCAAGAUUUUGCAGCUCACACUAGAAUUGAUGACGUUUUAGAUGCGAUUGUAUGAAACUGUGCCAAUAUGAAGCAAUACCAAUGUAGCAAAGAAGGAGAGUGCGUGUCGCUAAAUGCAAUUUGCGCCAGUCAAUUAUUUUGGAAUACCUUGUAUGUCGUAGUCGUGGUAGUUAUUGUUAGUUGUUGUAGAUUUAGUUAUUAGUUGCAUAGUUCAUACAGAAAAUUACUCUUGAAUUAAAACUACCAGAGGCAAUUGUGUAAUACAUGCCAAGUCUUUCAUUGUGUACUUGAAAACCCUUUUUUCUGGUGUCCAACAUUCUGUAACGAAAUUGCAGAAGUAUAAGAAUCGUUCAUAAAAUCUGAUGUUACUCCCAUUUUCAAUAAAUAUUUUCUAUUCAAGAUCAAUCUGCUGCGCAUUAAUUGAUAAGACAAGUUGCUACCUAAUAUCCGGGGAUCUUUAUGAGGUGAACUGUUCAUUUCUAUCACCACUGUUAUGAUUGUCCAUUUAAAUCUUAUUUCACGUAUUUUGUAGAUUUGAAUAUUGCCAUUUUGAUUUUUGCUUGCACAUAAUUGAUGUUUCUUUGUUACAAUCUGGGUAUUGAGGGAUAUUGUUUUGCUUCCAUCUCAUUUUUUUGUUAAAUCGUGAUACCUGUGCAAUUCUGUGUUUUUUCUUUGAAAAAAAUAUAUAUGAUUUGUUCAUGAAAAGAUGAAUUAUGCAUGUGAAGGAGAGCAAGCAUUUGUCGUCUCUUUCAUUAAACAAGUUUUUGAUAUGGAAACAACAA